AUGAUACCGAAUAACGUGACUUUGAUUGUGAAGGCACCGAAUCAACAGAUUGAGGACCAAAAUAUUGAAUGCGAGUCGUCAUGGACGGUGCGACAGUUGAAGGGGCAUCUCUCCGAAGUUUACCCAAGUAAACCCGGCACAGACGAACAGAAGAUAAUAUACUCCGGUCAACUUUUAGACGACAACACAAUCUUGAAGGACGUGCUUAGAACGUAUGAGAGCCAGAUCGCGCACACCAUGCAUCUAGUCUGCACGCCGACCCGCAAGGUGGAGCCACAGUCACCGGUCAUAGAGCCGAACACUGACGGACUUCGCCGAAGAGUUGUCGAAGCUACGAACCAAACUGAAAGGGUCACUGAACCCCCAAGACCGGAGACAAGGCAGAACGACCAGAACCAUAAUGUCGAGAUGCAGAAUUAUUUAACCUCUUUCGUGAAUAACUAUGGAAGGGUCCCCCCUUACCCGAAUUAUAAUUUCGGUGAGGGUUAUUUGCCAGUGCCUAACGACCCGGCCCAGUUGGCCAAUCACAUGAUGAUGAUGCAGCAGGCUUACCUUCAAUAUAUGCAACAGUAUGCUAACAUGUGGCAAGCCGCAGGUGCUGCCCCGGCCGCCCCAGCCCCAGCCGAAACGCCGGCCCCGGCUGCCGAAGCCCCGGCCGCCGUGGACGAGCAAGAUGAAGCUCUAGCCCCCCGUGAUUGGCUCGACCAUCUGUACGCAGCCUCCAGACUAGCGAUAUUGUUCUCUCUGGUCUACCUGUAUGGAAGUCCUGCCAGACUGUUGUUGGUGCUCCUAUUGGCUGCUGCUGGUUAUCUGCACCAGAUCGGUUUCUUCCGCGAUCUUCACGUGAACCCAGCAGACAACCAGCGUCGUGAAGCGCCCAACCAGAAUCAACCCAACCAGCCUAAUCAGCCCAACCAACCGAAUCAGCCCAAUCAACCGAAUCAACCCAACCAACCAACCGAACAUUCACCUCAACCAACACAACCAACCUCCCAGUCCAUUCUAGCAGUCACUUGGAUGAUAUUCACAUCAUUCUUCGCUUCACUCAUACCUGACACAAACUAA